AGAAUGACUGACACGGGAUCCUCGCCAUUUGUUGAGCAUCCCAGAGAUGUCUUUAAUGAAGAAUCGGUUCUUGGUUUGAAGCAGAUUAUCUCGAGUCUACAGUUUCAACUUUCGUCAACAAAAUCGGAAAAGAGUUUGUUGGAACAGAGUAAAGAGAGUUUAUCGAAGAGAUAUGAAGAAAUAAUAUCGAAAAAGAAUGAAGACUUAUCGAGUUUAGAACAGAAUGUCGAGUUUUUGUAUAAAGAACGGGAACAAUUACGAGAUAAGGUUGAAAAUCAAAAACAAAUCUUUGAACAACAACGUCAAGAGCUUUCGCAAGAAAUUGAUGAAUUGAAGGGAAGCAAUUCUAGAUUGUUGAGUAAGAAUGAUAAACUUGAAUUCAAGUUGAACAAUAUAAAUGCCAAAUAUGAGCAUAUAAAGUCAGAUUUCAAUUACGAAUUAAGUAAUAAUGAUCAAUUGAAUGGAAGGAUUAAAUCGCUUGAACUUGAGAAUAAACGUUUAUCCGAAAUCAAUGAUGAGUUUUCCAAUAACUUGAACUUGGCAGCAGAUCAACUUUCAAAUGAUAGGAGUCUGGAAUUACAAACCAUAAAUGAUAACUUGCAAAGAACCAAUAGCCAAUUGCAAUUAAAAGUUGAUAAGCUAUUACAACACAAGACUUCAACCGAAUUGUUGAAACAGAAGAAUAUAUCUCUUUCCAAUAAAGUUUCCCGUUUAGAGAGCUUUGAACAAAAAUGUUGGAGUUUAUCAGUUGAAAAUACUGAAUUGAAGUCGAAAUUUGAUGAUUACUUUAAAAUAAUCAACGAGUAUAUAACUCAUGAAGAUAAUGAUACGAAUGAAUCGGUUGUUAUGAAGUUUGUUAAUAAGUUGAAAGAUUUGAAAAAUAACAAUUUGGUUUUAUUCGAUAAAUACUCCCAAACUCAAACUAAAUUAACUCAAUCAGAAAAUAAGCUUCAAAAUCUUCAUAGUAAAAUUCAACACGAAUACUUACCCAAAAUAGAUUCACUCAGUGAACUGAAUUUGUCAAAGGAUUUACAGAUUAAAAAACUUCAGGAUCAAAAAAUGUUAAAUAAUAAAGAGAUUGAAUUCUUAAGGAACUCUUUGAAAAAUUUUGACCGUAUUGAGGCCAGUAAAAUCGAAAAUGAAAGAAAAGAAAAUAAUAACCCUUCUUCAGAAGCAACCAACCAAUACUUAUCAAACCUUGAAAAAUUGGUUGACCAAUAUAAAUUAGAAAUAGAUUCAUUACAGAAACAAGCUGUAAAGUCCUCAUCUUCAAUUGGAGAAAAAAGACCUAGAAUUGUUGACGAUGCAAUGGAAGUAAAAUCUAUGAAUAUCAAUACUUCCUUGGAUAGAGAGAAUGUUAAGCUUCAAACUCAAGUCAAAAACCUAGAAGAUGAAAUCAAUCGUUUAAACGAUAAGAUUCAAAGUAACGAAAAAGUUGAAUCUCAAAGAGAAUCUAUUCAUAUGGUUCAAUUGAAAUCUAAUCCAUUCAGCAAAGACCAAUUAGUGAAACAACAAUCCUUGGACUUACUUAUCAAAGAGAAUCAAGAUUUGAUCAAAAAAUUUGUGGAAGGUAUAGAUGAUGAAUCGAUAGAUUUGAUUCCAAAGUCAGUCUUUGCCCGUCAAGAACAAGAUAAGGCCAUUUUACAAACUAAAGUUGAUCAAUUAACUAAAAAAAUUCAUAGACUUAAAACAAUUUAUGCAGAUAAAAGUAAGGACAUAUUGUCAAUUAUAUCCAAAUAUUUCGGUUAUACAAUUGAAUUCAUUCCAAGCCCUAUAAAUCCAAAUGAUCUUUCAUCAAGGAUAAAGUUGGUCUCGAGAUAUUUGUCAAAUAAAGAUAAUUCUGCACCUAGUAAUGCUUAUUUAAUUUUAGACUUAAAUUCAAAAUCUUUGAAAGCAAAUGGUAAUCUUGAAUUCAAAAGCUUGUGUGAAGAUUUAGUCAGUAAUUGGGUAAAUGAAAAAGGUCAAAUCCCUUGCUUCUUAAGUGCAUUAAAUUUAAAGAUCUAUGAAACUUACGUUCUAUCAUAA